AUGAAAGCAUUGCUAUUAUUGAUGGAUGACAUGAUUAAAGAAUUAGUCCCGAUAGUUGGACACAGAACUCGUUUAGUUUCAAAUUUACGAGAAUGGAAAACCAUAGUACAGGGGACAGCUGAUUUAGGUAAUACACUUGAUAUUGAACCCCAAGAAAAUAUUGGAAGUAUACUUCUCGAGUUAUCAGAACCUGGAACUAGUAAUUACACCGAAAACUAUCAGCAUAGUCCUAGUACAUUAACUGAUAUAACUCCGGAUUUAACAGCUUCAACUUCAUCAAGUAGUCUGGAGGUGGAAAGAACCGAACAUGUUAGAGAUUUUAAUGCAUCCUCUAAAAAUAAUGAAAUUGGCUCAGAAAUUGGUGAAAAAAGUGAUUCGCUAAGAUCAUAUGCAAAUACAGAACUGUUAGAUCUACUUAGAAGUGCUAACGAAGGAAAGGCAUUAUUAGCUAAAUAUCAAGAAAAAGGAUUAUUGGAUAGCAUAGGCCGUAGACGCUUGUGUAAUUUGAUCAUUAAUAAAGAGCUAAGAGAUGACAUCAAUAAACGGGUUCCAUCAUCUAGGCUUCAUGAUUUAGCUUAUCAAAUCACGAAUGUUUUUAGUAAAGAACAUACAUCAGUCUACUUCAUUCCUUAUCUUUCAUAUGGGCCUGGCCUAAAGAGAGCAGCGAAAGGAAAGUUGCUGGACUGCCUGAACAACAGAAGGCGAGACUACAGAAAAUCUGGAAUCAUUAAUGUGUCUCGUCGUAGUUCAACAUCUUCUGGUCGAUCUUCUCCGAAUGAUGUCUCUAGUGGGCUUCAACAAUUUGCGACCAACAUUAAUCCUCUGAUAGAUAAUGAAGAAAACUUGAAGUGGUUGAGAAACUCGAGUGAUCCUUGGAAGUUGGUUGUAGAAAAUUGGAAAAUAACUGUUCAUGUACGAUUAAACAAGAUUGCAUCAAAAGAUGGUCAGUCCAUAGCUGAGUACAUGACAGAGUAUCCUGCUUUGAAAAAGCCAACUGGAUAUCUUCUUAUUCUAAAAGACUUUGAUGUAGCAUUCCCAAAUUCAUCUGAAAAGCUCUAUCAAAAUUUGCCACUCUUCAAAAAACGAAUAUUCGAGUUGGCAGCUGAUAAAAUCAAAAAAACAAAAGAACUUGCAACUACUGAAUUAUUGAAUGAAUAUGUACAAUUUGAUGUUGUAGACAAAGAAGAAACAUCAAAUAUUGCUGUGUUUUUAUGUCUUCCGUUCAUAAUUGGUGUCAAUAGUACUAGAGUUAAAAAAUAAAACACUGGGCGACCUUCAAAACUUGAGGCCAGAGAUGGUUUCAUAACACAUCUUAAAAGUGAUGCGGAAAUUCUUGAAACUGUCACUAGAAGAAGAGAAAAGUUGGCAGCAUUUGGACAGACAUUGCAACCUUUUAUUGUAAUUGUUGGCCCUACAAUUGAUGAGAUAUCCAGUUACUUGGUAAUUGUUGACAACACUUUUUAUCGUCUUAACUCAAUAAUCGCAGCAGUUGAUUGUUGCUUUAAAGUCAUUUUAACUUUAAAUGCCGAAUAUCCAUCAGAAUCUGCAUUAAUUUGGUGCUUUAUUCAGCAGGGAUUUUAUAAUAUUACUACUCCAUGGGAUAAAAAUUACACAGUUGUUAAUGCACUAUUGUCUGAUAUUCAUUGUAUAUCAUAA